UUCGCUUUUAACUGUCACUGGGCUGUUUAUGCCGAGGAGAGGAGCAGCUGGAGAUUUUGGAAGGUGUUGCCAGUCGCGCGAACCGUGAUGUAGAGGGCGUGUCGCUUUUUUUUCUUCGUAUUUGCAAUAUGAAGAAUGGAAGAAGACGAUGUUACCAUCAGAGAGCAGAAUUUUCAUAGCCAAGUUCGAGAGUAUAUCAUUUGUUUCCUCCUGUUUGCUGUCCUCUACAUCGUGUCUUACUGCAUCAUAACCAGAUACAAGAGGAAGAGCGAUGAACAUGAAGAUGAAGAUGCAGUUGUCAACAGAAUAUCAUUAUACCUCUGCACCUUCACCCUGGCAGUGUCUGGAGGAGCCGUGUUCCUGCUGCCUUUCUCAAUCAUCAGCAAUGAGAUCCUCCUCUCCUUUCCCAGAAACUAUUAUAUUCAGUGGCUCAACGGGUCUCUUAUUCACGGUCUGUGGAACCUGGUGUCAUUGUUCUCCAACCUCUGCCUCUUUGUGCUGAUGCCAUUCGCCUAUUUCUUUUUGGAGUCUGAGGGAUUUGCAGGUUCAAAAAAGGGCAUUAGGGCGCGUGUUUUGGAGACUUUUGUGAUGCUCUUCCUGUUGGCUUUGCUAAUUCUGGGCAUUGUAUGGGUAGCUUCAGCAUUUAUCGACAACGAUGCAGCCAGUAUGGAGUCGCUUUACGAUCUGUGGGAGUUCUACCUGCCAUACCUCUACUCUUGUAUAUCUCUUAUGGGAGGGCUGCUGUUAUUAAUGUGCACUCCUGUGGGAUUGUCAAGGAUGUUCGCUGUAAUGGGCCAGUUACUAGUGAAGCCAACAAUCCUAGAAGACCUGGAUGAGCAGAUUUACUGCAUCCAUUUGCAAGAGGAAGCCCUUCAGAGGAGAUUAAACGGAGCUUCCUCACACAGUUACGUCAGAGGAAGCUUUGCUCACCAGCUCAACAAAGAAUUGGACAUUAUUAGAAAUCAGAGAAAUAAAUUGGAGAGAAGAAAGAAAGCAUCAGGAUGGGAGAAGAACUUGCUGUAUCCCAUGGUGAUGUUGAUCCUGCUUGCAGGAACGACGAUCUCUGUUAUUAUGGUGGCACUGAAUAUCCUCUACCUUCUAGUGGAUGAGACUGCCAUGCCCAAGGGAUCCACAGAUCGGGGAAUUGGAAACGCUUCUUUGUCCACCUUUGGAGUGGCUCAGGCCGUGCUGGAGAUCAUCCUCAUGUUUUACUUGAUGGUGUCUUCUGUAGUCGGCUUCUACAGCCUACGCGUCUUUGAAGGACUCACUCCCCGGAAGGAUGACACAACCAUGACAACGAUAAUUGGUUGCUGUGUGUCCAUCUUGGUUCUGAGUUCAGCCCUACCUGUGAUGUCCAGAACUUUGGGUAUGACUAGGUUUGAUCUUUUGGGAGACUUCGGGAGAUUCAAUUGGCUGGGAAACUUUUACAUCGUCCUUUCAUACAACCUGCUGUUUGCUGUCGUGACGACUCUUUGUCUUGUGAGGAAAUUCACCUCUGCGAUACGAGAGGAGCUCCUAAAAGCCUUGGGUCUGGAUAAACUGCAACUGUCAUACAGCCCCACGGACCCUGAAUCAGGGAAGCUCUCGGCCAAUGGGCAUCAGAAAACUCUGUGAAAGGGCCGAGAGAUCCUCGCCGUCUUGCACUUCUCGCACGCACACACACAUUAGUAAAGCCAAAGGGAGAUUUUGACUGUAGCGCCAAACUGCUGAAAAGCAUUGGAAGAAAUCUUUAAAGAAAAAAAAAAAAAAAACAAGAAAUGGAGGCAGUUUUAACUGUUGCUUCAGGUGGAAGCUGAGAGCAAUUUAGCUUCGUGACAUUCCAUCCUCUGCGUCUCUGAUGGAAGUUAGCCGGCGCCGAGACCGAGGAGUGAAACAGACUGUCACUGCAGUCACCUUGAUGCUGACCUCAACCCACGACUGUGACUUCCAGACCACCCAUCCCCUGCUUCAGAGGCACGCGUCUCCUCGCCAUCGUCAGCUGGUUUUAUUUUGAAAUGUUUACACCGCUGUGGCAGUCAUCAGCAAAAGAAAUGAAUCUCCUCUCUGCUUGGUUUACCGUCUUAAGUCUUAAUCUGUUUCUGUGCUGUGGAACCUAAAUACACCAUUACAAUCAGUCUAUUCAGAUGUCAUUUUUCUGUCUGAAAUGGAUUCAGGCGGGAUGACUGUGCAUUAUUUUGAAUGUUUGGUGUUUAAAAUGUGAAAAAAAUGUUUUUGUUUUCGAUUAAAAUCGAGACAUUUUGUAAUAUACAUUCAUAUCCAUUGAUGAAAAUCAAAUUAAAUAUCUAUAAGAAAUGUACAUUUUGUUGGCAUUUUAAUUGGUGGACCUCAAAAUGAGGUUCUUCUGAGAAUUCAGGUUUUAAUCUGGUUUUAUGCAAGUAUGUUUAAAUGAAAAUGUCAUUUUAUUUGAAGGGUGAUAUGAUAUUCCUGUUUUUAGUAGUAUUUUGUAAAUGUCAUUACACGUUGGGUUGUCCCAGAAAAACUGACCGGGCGCAGAGCGUUGUUACGUUUGUAAAAUGGAUUUACAUGUAAAUAUGCUGUUUUCAUACCUCCAGUUUGUCUUUGUUAGUGUGCGAAUGCAUUGGAGGGUUUGUUUUUCUGCAACACAAACCACCAAAAUCUUAUGCAAGUGUGCAAAGGUCUUCAUAAUGUCAGAAACAUUCACCAUUAGAGCCAGCUUAAAAAAAAACUAAAACUUGGUGACUCAGGCCCCUUUUCAAGUUGGGGUCUCGCGGCAUCAUCUUCCUUUACACAUUCAGAACCGCCUUGAAUGCCUUAAAGACAAACCUCUCAACAGUUUGUUCACCUGUAAAGUUUAUGCACAUCUACGUUUUCUUGAUGCUUCCACUGUGAUCAUCUUCCUACCGCUUGAAUCUGAAAUGAGCUGGAGGUCACUUUUUGAGUUCUGUUUUUCUCAGUUAUUAGCCAGUUUGUCGUGUGUGUUUUAACCGUGACUGAAGAGAUGCGUUUCUAGGGCUGAAAAAGGAAGAAAAACCAAACUUGCAUACACUUUUAAAUGUUUUACAUUAAAUCUGUCUGCAUUUUCUGUCAAAAAAACUGGAGUCUUUAAAAAAAAAAAAAAAGUCCUUAUUAAGGUUUGUCUCAUACCAUUUCAAAUUUUUUUUAAGAUGUCAUAAGUGAGUGCACCUUAUGGUAUUUUGUGUUAUGCCUUCACCCGAUUCAUUAGCACCUAAAUAAAUAUUUAAAUAAUAAUAAAAAAAAUCAGGGGGAGUGAUUCUUCAAGGAGUUAGAGCUGUAAUCUGGUAACUAAAGUCGAAGGGCUUCCAUGUCUUCUGGAUGAGUUAAACUGCCCUAAACUCAAAAUAUUCCACAAUAAUUGUGCUUAAAGACAAAGAAAUUCUUUGUAAUCUGGAAAAAAAAAUGGAUCAUUUAAAAGAAAUCCUUUUUGGUGUUCUGUGGAGCGUUGAUGUGUAUUUGUGAGCGGGUGGUGGGGUCCAGUGAACUCCAAGCUCCACCUGAAGCUUUUAUUUCUGUCUUCUGUCUGUAAAACUGCAUGUCAUUUUUUCAUACAUGUAUAAUGAAGGUAUUUUUUUAAUUGUUUCUGAAAUGUUUUUGAUGUUUGUGUGUUUGCAAAUAAAAAGUAGGCAUUUA